CCCUCAACAUUCAGACUCUCAAUUCACAAAGCCUAAAUUAAACAACUCUCUCUGCACUUGACAAACUUCCCAAGAUUCAUUCGCCCUACUGAAAGGAAAAAAAUAAUGGUGGACGACGGAGAGAUCAGUGGACAAGAAGUGAUCGGGAUAGACCUAGGCACUACCUUCUCCUGCGUCGCCGUCGCUCGAAAGGGUCACGGCGUCGAAAUAAUAACCAACGAUCAAGGCAAUCGAACCACCCCGUCCUACGUGGCUUUCUCACCUCCCGCCGCCGGCGGUUAUACCGAACGUCUCGUCGGCGAAUCUGCCAAGAAUCAGGCAGUACGCAACCCUCGCCGAACAAUCUUCGACGUCAAGCGUCUCAUCGGCAAAAAGUUCGACGACCCAGAUGUCCACAAUGAUAUGAAGUACUUGCCCUACCCCGUCGUUGACAGGGACGGAAAGCCGUGCGUCGAAAUUGAAGUUGAUAAUGGCGAGCUGAAAGCCUUUACUCCCGAAGAAAUAAGCGCUAUGUUGUUGCUGAAAAUGAAGGAGACUGCGGAAUCCUACCUUGGGAAGCAAGUAACCAACGCCGUGGUCACCGUCCCUGCCUACUUCAACGACUCGCAGAGGCAAGCGACCAAGGACGCUGCAAAGAUCGCCGGGCUCAACGUUGUACGGAUAAUCAAUGAGCCCACGGCCGCCGCCUUGGCCUAUGGUGUGAAACAAUUAGAUCCUGACACAAAGAGGAAUAUUCUCGUUUACAAUUUGGGUGGCGGGACGUUUGAUGUCAGCGUUUUGGAGAUCCACAACGGCAUAUUUCAGGUACGGGCCACAGGGGGCGACGCACAUCUCGGUGGCCGAGAUUUCGAUCAGAGGGUGAUGGAGUACUUUAUAGAUCUGAUUAGCAAGAGGUACAUGAAAGAUGUAAGUAAAGAUUCGAAAGCGCUGGGAAAGCUGCACAGGGAAUGUGAAAGGGCGAAAAGGGUACUGAGCGCUCAGAUACAGACUACGGUGGAGAUCGAUUCUCUAAUUCAAGGGAUGGACUUUUCCGAGCCACUGACAAGGGCGAAAUUCGAGGAUUUGAAUACGAAACUUUUCAAGAGGACAAUGGAAGUGGUGAAGACGACGUUGGAAGAUGCAAAGGUGGGGAAGGACAAGAUUGACGAGAUUGUGUUGGUUGGGGGCAGCACUAGAAUCCCCAGGGUGAGGGAGAUGCUGAAGAAGAUGUUCGAUGGGAAGGAGCCGAGCAAAGGUAUCAAUCCCGACGAAGCUGUGGCUUAUGGUGCAGCUGUCCUCGGAGCCAAUCUCAAUGGCGUCCAAGCCGGUGUUACUCUAUUUGAUGUCACACCCUUGAGUUUGGGUAUCAGAACCCAAAGUAAUCUGAUGACUGUAGUUGUGCCCAGAAAUACUGUCAUACCUACGAAGAAGUCACGCAGGGGAUUCGUGCCCGCCAAACCUGUUCAUGGACAGCAAACUAGCGUCUCUAUUCAGGUAUUCCAAGGUGAAAGAGCCCUAACCAAUGACUGCCUUCUGCUCGGAAGUUUUACGCUAACAUGCAGUCCACCGGGACAUAGGGGAGAACCAUCUAUCGAGGUGACAUUCGAAGUCGAUGCGAACGGCAUCUUGAGCGUCACGGCCAUGGACGAAGCAACCGGGGAUUCCAAAUCGCUCACCGUCAAGAACUACGGUCGGAAUUUGGACUCGAAGGAGAUUGAGAGGAUGGUGAGCGAGGGGAGGGAGAUGGCUGAGCAAGACAAGAAGGAGAGGAUGCGUAUUAAUGCGAGGAACCGACUGGAGAGACACAUUCAUGAUUUGAAGGAGGCCGAGGCCGAUGACAAGUUUCAUUUGCGUGAUGAUGAGGGUGAUAAGACCGCGGUGAAGAGGGCUUUGAGAUAAGUUUCAGAAUGGUUUGAUGACAACAGGAGUGCGUGCAUGGAAGAGUACGAGGAACGAAGUCAGGAGUUGGCUGACUUGUUAGACAAGUUUUCUGAUGGUGAAGCCUCGUUAGAGUUGGUAAUUCCAUCCGAAUAAUGAAGAAAGUUACAUAUGGUCAUGUGUUAGCUGGGAUACUGUAUCAGAGUGGUCAUAUAUCGGCUAAGCAGAAGCGGAGCCAGAAUUUUUGGUUUGUGAUGCUAAACAAAAUUUCUUUUCAUGU